ACUGUAAAAAAGUUAGAACUUAAUGAGAAACACUUUGAAAUUAUUAGAAAGGUAGAAAUCAAUAGUGAAAAUUUCUUAGAAAUAACUGAAAAAAAGCUUUAUGAUCUUGGUUUUAGUUUUGGACCUGCAGAACAAAUUGUCAGAUUUGCUAAGGAGUGUAGUGAACAGAAGAGGCAGAAAUAUUCAUCCAUUAGAUCUUUGAGAGAUGUCUUAAAAGAUUAUGGCGUUGACUCUGAUAACAUUUCAAGGAUUCCGUCAUUUGAACCACAAACUUACGAAAUUCAAGAUAAUGAUGAGUAUUUUCAAAACUGUAUCAAUAAUAUUUUAAUCAGAAUUAAAAGCUAUGAGACUUUAUCCCCAAAUUCUAAUGAAAAAAUUUGA